AUGACGAGUCAAGCAAGAGCACCCUUCGAGUCUGUGCUUACACCUCAAAAGUUACAUCAUGAAGGUGUAGCUUCUCCACAGCCUACGGACCCAUGUUCCGAGAAGAUUGCUGCCGCGACAGCUUUUGCUGUCUACGAAGAGAGUCGAGAUCCUGCCCAUCUUGAUACAGCUAUCGCUCUGUUACAGAUAGCGAUCGAGCUGCAGCUUGAUCCUGACGUAGAUCUGCUGACAAAACUAGAGAGUCGUUUGUGGUCUCGUUUCCAAGACCAGGGAAAGCUCGCGGACCUCGAAAGCGCCAUCAAGGUGCAAGAACGAGUGGUCGAGCUCACUGCAGAUGAUCAUUCCGACAAAGCGGCGAUGCUAGAUACCCUCAGCGACUGGCUCCUUCGCCGGUUCCAACGGCUGCUCUCACCUGCUGAUCUUCAGCGCGCGAUCAAGGCUAAAGAGCAUAGCAUCGAGCUCACGCCGGACGAUCCUCUUCAUAAGCCAACAAUGUUGGAUGCGCUUGGCGAUCUUCAUGUUCUGCGGUAUCAUCACCUGGGAGAUCUUUCCGAUCUUGAGCGUGCCAUAGCUGCUCAACAGCGCGCGCUCGAGCUCUCGCAGGGGCGCCACCCGGAUGAGCUUGAGAUCAUGGCUAAUCUCGCAGCUGCCUUGGGUCAUCGGUUCGAACGACUGGGCGAACCAGACGACAUUCAGAGCGCUAUAGAGAUGGGGCAACGGGUCAUAGAACUAACCUCUAACGACGAUCCUGAUAUUCCCUCUCGUCUGGACACCCUCGGGUUAUUGUACGGUCUUCGUUAUGACCACUCUGACGAUCUUGACUCGGAAGACGUAGAACAUGCUGUCACGUCCCAUCGUCGUGCAGUUGCUCUGACUCCGGAAGGGCAUUCUGAAAAGCCCAAUCUCCUAUUGCACCUAGGAAUGGCCCUUCUUGACCGCUUCGAUGCUCACGAAGAUGUCGUGGACCUCGAUGACGCCCUCAGGGCCCAAGAACGAGCAAUUGAGAUCCUCUCUGCUACGAACUCCGUGGCCCCUUCGAACCUCAGCACCCUCGGCGUGUCGCUGAAUCUACAUUACGACUAUUCCGGCGACGUCCAUGUCCUUGAUCUUGCCAUCACAGCACAUCGUCGCGCUACUCGACUCAUGCGCGACGGAGAUCCCAGUAAUGUGACAUACCUGUACAAUCUGGGUUGCUGCCUUGCAUCGCAAUUACACGUCGAUCCGAGCGAGGGUGUUUUCAAUGAAGCUAUCUCAUGCUUCACAGCCGCAGCUUCCCAACGAUUCGGGAACUCCACCGAGCGCAUUAGAGCCUCGCGAAGGGCUGUAUUGCUGCAUCAUGAUCACCCUGAAUACAGCACCCCGGAGACCAAGCUGCUCGCUUUCUCCCUCCAUUUUGACAUCAUCCCCGAGCUUGUUUGGCUUGGACACGGCGUGAAGCGCAGAUUCGAAGAAUCCGAGAACCUUGGAGAACUCGUGAACCAGUCCGUUGGAGAAGCCAUCCGGACCGGAAACUUGCCACGAGCCAUAGAAUGGCUAGAAGCCGGCAGAUAUCUCGUCUGGUCCCAGGUUCUAUCGUUACGCAGUCCUUUGGACGAGGUCGAGCGCCUGCGCCCUGACCUUUCACACACUCUCAGGGAUAUACAAGCUCAACUCCAGCAGUCAGUCCAAAUGUCGUUCUCCCGCAAGUUAUCUUUUUCCCUGGGAAAGCCUGACCCCGCUGUCUUGGACCACAACAAAGCGGCGGAUGUUCAUCGCAAUCUCGCUAUCGAGUACGAUCACGUUCUCGCUGAGAUACGUCGCCAGCCCGGGCUUGAGGACUUCAUGCGACCAAAGAGGUUCUCAGCCAUAUCGUCUUCAUUGACGCUACUAAGCGGGCCUGUGGUAUUCAUCAAUGCAUACGGAAAGCGCUGUGACGCCGUUGUCAUGUUUCCAAAUCGUUCGCCCAUCUCUGUGGCCCUCUCAGAGCUCACGCUCGUCGAAGCAGAGAAACUGCGCUCAGUCUGGUCUGCGUACUUGCGACAACGCAAUGUCCGAGAGCGCGCCACGAGCUUUGUCUCUGACGAUGAUGACGUCGACGGUCUCGACGGCCCUGUCGUUCGGAUGCUUGAAUAUACCUGGACAUGGGUUGUAUCGCCAAUACUGGGCAGCUUAGGCUUUCUGCAUCGGAUAGAGGGUGCACGCCUACCUCAGAUCACCUGGUGUCCGAUGGGCCCACUCACUCAGAUACCAUUGCACGCGGCGGGCAUCUAUUCCAACAAAGCGGGCCCACGCGCGUACGACUACGUCAUCUCAUCGUACACGCCUUCCCUGUCCGCACUGAUGCGCAGCCUUGAAGCGACCUUAACACAGGUCUCGACGCCUAGCGUUCUAGUGAUCACGCAACCCAACACACCCGGUUUGCGACCGCUCCCCGGUACCAAACUUGAAGGAGCACGAUUGCAGGCGAUCUUGUCCGAUUAUGAGAUUGCGUCGUCGGUACUGGAAGGCAGGCACGCCACGCAUGAUGCUGUGCGUGCAGUCAUAAAGAAACAUCCAUGGAUACAUCUUGCCUGCCAUGGCUUCCAGAAUCGCUCGAACCCUACGCAGAGCGCUUUCGCCCUUCACGACAGGUUCUUGUCCUUGGAAGAUCUCAUGGUCACAGCUUCAGACAACGCGGAGCUUGCCUUCCUCUCUGCCUGCCAAACGGCAGCCGGAGACGAGACGAUCUCCGAGGAGUCAAUGCACCUUGCGGCCGGAACGCUGGCUGUGGGGUUCAAAGGUGUCAUCGCGACGAUGUGGUCCAUUCGGGACAACGACGCGCCACUCGUCGUCGAGUCGUACUACCGUACAUUGCUGGAGCUUCGAAAGUCUGGGAAUCCGAGCGGAGGGGGGACAGGAGCAGCAUACGCGCUUCAUGAGGCUGCGAAACAUCUGAGGGAGAAAGUGGGUGCGAACGAGCUUGCACGAUGGGCGCCGUUCGUGCAUUUCGGAGCGUGA